GCCAGUGGAAUAAACAAAGAGCAAGAGCCAAACAUGCCCCAUCCAAAGAUGAUGAUGCCAUCGAUGCUAGCCACGACCAGUGCUCUCCUGCUGAUGCCACUGCUGCUGCAGAUGAGCUGCGUCCGUGGCCAGGGCUUCGACCUGACCAAAAUCCUUGUCGGUCGUGGCACAGAGCCCAUUUGGACGGUGAUGGUACGCCAGCUGCCGCAUGUACAGGAGAUGAUCGACUCUGGCCGCAAGGAGUGCAUUCAGCAGCUGAAUUGUCCCAAGGAUCAGCGUCCGCUGAUGAAGGUAUCCAAUCCCAGCGAGAAGGAGAAAUGCCUCAUAGAGUGUGUGCUCAAGAAGACCAAAAUUAUGGAUGACAAGAACAAGCUGAAUCUGGCCCAGGUGGAGAAGCUGACCGGUCUGGUGACCCAGGACAAUAAGAUGGCCAUCGCGUUGAGCUGCAGCCUGGCGCAGACCUGCAAUCGCGCCGUCUCGGCCAAGAAUCCCUGUGAGGCUGCCCACCAGCUCAAUCAGUGCAUUGGCCGCCAGCUGGAGCGGAACAAUGUCAAGUUGAUCUGGUAGAGAUUCUGCCCGAAUCUGCCUUGCUGCUCUCCUGUUUACCCCCGAAUGAACUCCAGGUUCUAUG